AUGUUGACGAGAAGCUCCACGAGGUGCAGAAGCUCCUCCUCGGCUUCAACUUCCCCCAAAACCGAUGGUAAGAUUGCUCCGACGGUGAAUUCCGUGAACAUGAAGAACUCCGGGCGGAGGGCCAAAGCCGCCGCGAAAAAAAGGGCAGCGAAAAUCGACUCCAUUAAACCUAAAAAGCCUCCGACGGCUUUUUUCUAUUUCUUGGAGGAUUUUCGUAAGGAUUUUAAAGAGGAAAAUCCAGAUAUUAAGUCAAUGCGCGAUAUUGGCAAAGCGUGUGGAGAGAAGUGGAAAACAAUGACAUACGAGGAAAAGGUGCAAUACUACGAUAUUGCCACAGAAAAACGAGCAGAGUUCGAUCUUGCUAUGGCAGACUUCAUUAAAAGAAAGGAAUGUGGGGAGUUUGAUGAGGAUGAUUUGUAUUUUGGUGAUGACUCAGAUAUUGAUGGAUAA